AUGUCUGUCAAGGCCGCGCCCUCGACGUCGCAUCUUGUCCAGCUGCCCUUGUCACCGUCAAGCUCCUUCGACUCUCGACGACUGCCUCACCUGUCCAAGCUGCUCUCCUACCACGACGUUGCGCACCGCCAUCUCCAGCAUCACCCUCAUCCUCAGCAUCAACAUCAACAUCGUCCUCACCACCGACUUCACCUGGGCUUGAGGACGCCUCCAGUCGACGAGAUGAGCACCACGUACCAGCAGGCGCCGGCUGCUUACGACAGCCACGCUCUGCGAUCCUACGCCUCGUCAAUUGCCCACCCCAGGACCUCGACCUCUGCAGCCGUUGCCUCCCACGAUGCCAGGAAUGCCGCUGCGCAGUACUACCGAUAUCCCACCCAGCAGAGCCAAACCGCCCAGAGUUCCACCUCGCAGUCACGCACUGCGACUCUUCACGGCACUCCCUCGGAUCGCUCUACCAAAUCGGCCACGCCUGCUUCGUCGGUUUCCGCCAAGGAUACCAUAUCAUCGAGGAGGAGCCCUGAGACGUUGAUCUACCACAGUCUCCAGAUCCCGAGAUGCAUCAGCUCCAACGGCGGCAGCUUGGCAGAUUUUGCAGCCCAGAUGACGUGCCUCUUUUGGUUUGAAUCCAUUGACCACCUCAAGAAAGCAGAGACGAUUCGAUCACGGCCAAACAUGCUCACCACUCGCCUGGCCCAGUUGGCCAAGCCAAACGAGCAAUUCCGCAAAUGGGUCUACAACGUGCUGUCGACCACCCAGGUUACACAGAACGUGAUUCUGCUCGCGCUGCUCUUCAUCUACAGACUCAAGUUGUCGACGCCGCAGAUCAAGGGCCGAGAGGGCAGCGAGUAUCGAUUGCUCACGGUGGCCCUCAUGCUCGGCAACAAAUUCCUCGACGACAACACCUACACCAACAAGACGUGGGCCGAGGUGUCGUGCUUCAGCGUCGGCGAGAUUCACGUCAUGGAAGUCGAGUUUCUGAGCAACAUGCGAUACAACCUCCUUGCCCCCAAGGACGAGUGGGAGGAUUGGUUGACCAAGUUGGCGUGUUUCCGCGACUACUACGAGCAGGCGCUCCGAGUUCCAGCAUCACCCCUAGCCGUCUCUCCCUCUGCCAGGAGCUUCCACUCUCCCCUCGUCUCGCCCACGACGGUCACGCUGCCAGCCGCCGAUGCAGCAUUCGCUCCCGCCGCCGUGACGACAUACUCGCCCCCUGUUUCGAGACACGCUCAGAACUGGGCCAUGUACCACGCCAAUCCCGUCUCGCCCCUGGCUGCUCGCCCGUCCAUGACUCUGCCCGUUUGUCGAAAGCGCAGUCCCGACGUGGAACCCAUCGAUCACCCAGCCAAACGAAUCAUGCGCAGAGCUCCAAUGGCCGGAGCGCCCUGGCCCAAGGCCGCCCCGGAGUCGGGCAGGCUUCCCGUGCCGCACCUCACCAUUGUCACGACGCAGCCUCAAACCUCCCAGCCGGUUGCUUUCCCGACAGCGGCGCCGGCGGUAUCGACAACGACUACGACUUCACCGCUGGCGGCUGGAUAUACGUCACCAUCUGCUACCCAGGGCGCAGCAGCCAGCUACACUCCGGCAACCGGUUACACCCCCCAGUCGCCCUACGCCAACCAGAACAUGGUCUCUCUGCCGCCUCUGCAGACCGGCAUGCGUGCCAUGUCCACCGUCUAUCAGCCAUCCAUAUACCAAUCAUCGGCUGCGCCUCUACCUGUACAAUACGAAGCCUACCACCCACCGACCCUCCCAGCAUCGACUACGAGUGUCCCCGCCACUGGAUUCCCCAGCGCAGCACCGCAGAGCCACCCGCCGAUGGCCUACACCACGCCCAGCAAGCACCAGCACACGCCGGUGAGCCUCGCCUCUGCUUAUACGUCGUCGCCAAUGGCCGAGCCCCUGUUCGGAGCCGCCUCGGGAAUGCAUACGCCCAUUGCCCUGACGCCCAUCUCGCACUCGCCCAGCGUCUACCUGCAGCAGCGGGCCAGUCCCUACAAGCCCAUCCGCCACGUCAACAGGCUCCUCUACCCGCCGCCGUCGGCAUCGCUGGAUCAGUAUCACCUGGCGGUGCCCGUGCCGCCCACGCACAUGCAUUACCAGCCUCUUGGUCGGCGAAACGAUUUGCGCACGGGAGUGGUGCCCGAGUUUAUAGUGUACAACAGGGGCCAGCAGUCCCUCUCGCAACACGCACCGCAAGUGCCGUAUGCACCCUAG